GGGGAGGAUGCCGGAAGCUGUGUCUACCCCAUGGGGCUCUUCCCCGCGUUUGGAUGGUUCUCCACGUUGCUUCGGCAUGGAUCAGAGGGACGGGGAGGAAAAGGAGCAUAACCUGGCCCGGCGAGAUGGCAGACAUGUUCCAGGGUGAGCUGAUCCGGGGAAGGGGGUUAAGUUCAAGGCCCUUCCGUCGUCUUUUGGUCCUAAUGCUUGGUCGUCCUUCAACUCAUUCACUCCUCCUAUUUCAACAUCGUUUUUUGCCUCUCGGUCAACCUCAGGUAGAAGCCUCAGAAGACCACGUUACAGCUCUUAAUCCAUCACCGCGUACGCAACACCAUGGACGUGGAGAAAACCGAUCGGUCUUCGGACCAGGUCGAGGACAUUAGCGCCGAGAAGCAGAGCAACCAUGGCGGCAACCUCAUCAUGCCCGCCAGCCUGGCGGCCCUAGGCCAAGAGGAGUAUGAGAAGGUGGGAAAGCGGGCGACAUUGAAGAUGGACAUGGUGAUCAUGCCAAUCAUGGUAAUCAUGUACGUCCUCAACUAUCUCGACCGCCAGAACAUAGCGAGCGCGAAGCUGGCCAACAUCACCACGGACUUGAACCUAAGCGAGGUCGAGUACCAGACCACCGUCAGCAUCCUCUUUGUCGGUUACAUCCUCAUGCAGGUCCCCUCCAACAUGAUCGUCGGCAAGAUCAAGUGGCCCGGCGUGUACAUCUGCGCCGGCAUGGCCGCCUGGGGCAUCAUCUCGACGCUGAUGGCGGUGGUGCACAACUACGAGGGCCUGCUGAUGGCGCGCUUCUUCCUCGGCUUCGUCGAGGCCAUCUUCUUCCCCGGCGCGCUGUACUUCCUCUCGCUGUUCUACAACCGGAAGCAGUUUGCCCUGCGCACCGCCAUCCUCUACUCGGGCUCGCAGCUGGGCAACGCCUUUGGCGGCCUGUUUGCCAUUGGCAUCCUGAACCUGGACGGCGUCAGGGGUCUGGCCGGUUGGCGAUGGCUAUUUCUCGUCGAGGGCGUCAUCACCGUCGGCCUCGCCAUCCCCUUUGCCUGCAUCCUGCCCAACUCCAACAAGAAGAUCCCUACCCUCACGCAGCUCGAGUGCGAGUGGGUGCAGUACAACUUUGCUGCGGACCAGGGCCAGGAGGACGACUCGGGCGAAGUCGCGGCCCUCAAGGGCUUCAUGAUGGCCGUCACGGACCCCAAGACGUGGAUGCUGAUGGGAAUUCUCUACUCGACCUACAUCGUCGGUGCCGUGGCCAACUUCUUCCCUUCCGUCGUCGGCGGCCUCGGCUUCUCCCGCACCAUGACCUACGCCCUCACGGCGCCCCCCUUCAUCCUCUGCGUCUUCACCAUGCUCCUCAACGGCUUCCACUCGGACCGCAAGCAGGAGCGCUACCUGCACAUCGUGGUGCCCCUGGGCGUCACCCUCGUCGCCAACGUCAUCGCCGUCUCGACCAUCAACAUCGCGGCGCGCUACGUGGCCAUGAUGUUGCUGCCGGGGUCCUUCUACGCCGCCGCCGUCGUCGUGCUGUCAUGGAUCAUGGGCAGCCUGUCGCAGCCGUCGGCGAAGCGGGCUUCGGCCAUCGCGCUCAUCAACGCCAUGUGCAACACGCCCAACGUGUGGGGCAGCUACCUGUACUACGGCGCGCCGAGGUACGUCUCGGCCUUCAUCGUCAACAUCGCGGCGACGGGGCUCGCCAUCGCGUUCGCGACAGGGACGAGGAUCUGGCUGCGGAGGGUGAACGCCAAGCUGGACCGCGGCGAGGACACCGGCAAGCAUGGGCCGACGCAGGCGCAGGUUGCCGGGGGUUUCAGAUAUCUCCUCUGAGUGUUGUGUUUUAUGUUUCCCGGGCUGUGAGUGACUCAAGAAUAAUGUCUAGGGGGUUCUUGUUGUGUGUCACUUCCAUCGUCCAUGAGCACAGAGUGUUCACAAAUGAUGAGACUCCAGCCUCUUCCAUAGUCUGAAAAGUGUAAUAAAAUUUUGAC